GCGCUGGCCGAAAAAUUGGUUCGCCGGGAUUCUCUACGUCCGUUUCGUCAUCCCAUUGGAGGCGGCGGACGUUGCCAAACUGGCCGCGGAGGCUGCGGAGGCUGCUGUCUCUGCCAAGGUCCGCGGCUCCAAACGUCGUCGUUCGGGGGACUUGGCGCCCUACGACAUCUCCAAUGAACUCUGCUGGGCAGACCAGUCCAAAGAGACGUGCUGUCAGGGAGACGCCACGAGCCACGCGGAAUGUUGGGAUGAGUCCUACAGCUUUGAGGAGUGUUGCCCCAAUGCGGACUGUUGGGACGGCAAACUUUUCACCUAUGAAGCCUGCUGCGAUCAAAAGCAUGGGGAGAACGGGAACCCAGGCUGUUGGUCCGGCUACUACGACUACGAGCAUUGUUGUUUGGCCAAUCGGAGUUCCCAAAGCUGGGUCGACAUCAUUUUACGUGAGAUCGAUACGGAUCAAUUCUAUGGCAUGGAUGAGUUCUACACCGAUUCCCAGUACGGCAACGAUUUCGGAUACUAUUCGACCGGCCGUGUAUUGGGCAAGAGCGACGGGAAGACGGCGCAGGAGUUUGCACACUACACCACCUAUCCCAUGGCGUUGUCGCCGCACUUCGGGCGAGUGCUUUGCCGUUUGGUCUUCAUCAUGUGGAUUCAGAUGAAAGAGAAAGCGCCCUUUCGUGUCGUGGAGAUGGGUGCAGGAAGUGGUCAACUGGCGCAUGACAUCCACGUCUGCGUGAAGCGCAACGAGUUGGGCAUCGAACCCGCAGUGUGGAGGCGCUUCGUGGGUGCAUUUGAGUACGUCAUCGUUGAGAGGUCCCCAGCUUUGGCGCGGCGGCAACGCGAGCGGGGCCUCAAAGUGGUCAACGGCGAUGCGCAGCGCAAGGACAGCUGUCCCUCGGUCUUGCGCGCGUUGGCGUCCUCGGACGCCUGUAGCGCCGCCUUCAGUAGCGCGCCGGAGUGUCAGGUCUCAGAUCGCGCGGACAAACACACGGCCGCCUCGGUGGUCUUGAGCAACGAACUGCUCGACGCUUUCGCGCCGGUGAAGCUGCAGCUGAGCAUCUACGGCCAACCGGUGGUGACCCAUUGCAGGGCAUGGCAAGAGAUUCGCAUGGUGCACAUCAUCAAGUUGAAAGAUCUUGAGUCCAUUUCCCAGGCUCUCCACCAUUCGGAGGAACGGAUCAGCGCCAUGGCAAUGGACCUGGAGGGCUACACCAACGAGGUCUUUUGCCGGGUGACCAACACCUCUGUGGGCCAGGCUGCCAUGGCCUGUGCGCCCACCAGCAGUUGCUUGGCCAUGGUCAUCGCCCUCAGCGAGAUCAUGAAUCACCAUGACCUACACCUUCCCGCGGCAGCACACAACAUGCGGCUGCGUUUGCGGAAGGAUGCAGAGCUUUGUCAACGUCUUCAGGGAAUGGUCAACGAAUUGGAGGAGAAUUUCCAGAACUCUGUGGUGCUCCCUCGGCAGGUCUAUCGAAUGCUUCGACACCAAUUGCGGGAGGCGGUGGACUUGGAGCUGCUGUUCCUGACCUCCGCCACGACACGGCAGGCGCUUUUUCCCCGGCCGCCGUUCACCGUUGCCGCUGUCGGUGGCGCCAACUGGAUCUUGGGCGGCGGCAACCCGCCCAUGACGCCGCCGCCUCAAAGAAAGCAGCCUGCUCAAAGAAAGCAGCCUCCGCCGCCGCCAGCACAGGAAAGAAACCUCCAGCACAUCAAGGCUUUGAACGGAGAGACAGAAGUUCGGGUAGACCUGGAGGAACAAGUGCAACGGCUGCAACACGAGGUGCCCGUGCCCUUAUCGGAACGGCGCUGUGAGGACUUGAAGUGGUGGUUUGAGGUGCAUGAGGCUCGAAUUCAGCGCCUCAUCGACAUCUACAGGCCCUUGGGUUAUCCCAAUAUCCAACUCCUGCUGCGUCCUGGAGAGGUGCCACGGAAGGAUUGGGCCGGGCGUUCUCGUUGUGAAACAGAGGGUACCCAGAAGGACUCAGUAGAUCAAGCAGCUUCUACGUACAAUGAGACCUACCACCCUAUGGAUUUGGAUAUUGAUGACGCAGCGAAGACAUUUGGCGAGGUCAUGGCCAAAAGCACCAAACGCAAGGGAGAAGCUGGAAUCACAAGCAUGUUAGGAGGGAUUGCAACUGCGGCUUCUGAGUUCUUGACCGGAGCCGGGCAGUCAACUGAGUGA